CCCGAGACUUUCCCUGUUGACUACUCGGCCAAAUCGAGAUGCCUGAAAUGAGUGGAGUGCUCGUUUUAUCUUUCUUUGGAAAAGCACAUAUGUUCUGCCGAUAGCGAAACUGCCGGCACGCUGUGCACCAGUAGUUUCCACUUCCGUCCAGCAGCGAUCGUCGCAGCUGCUGGUGGUGAUCGGUUGCUUGUUGUGGUUGCUCAUCUUUUCUGGUGAACUAUGCUUGGAGCCCGCUGCGCAAAUGUUGUUGUGCGAAGGCUUGGCCAUGCAGGGGUGCGCAGUAAGCACACCCUGCCCGACCUCCCGUACGACUACAAUGCCCUGGAGCCCAUCAUUUCGGCCGAUCUGAUGCACGUCCAUCACGAUAAGCACCAUGCAGCCUAUGUGAACAACCUCAAUGCCGCUGAGGAGAAGAUGUCCGAAGCGUUGGCCAAGAACUGCACCCAGGGCAUCAUCUCGGCUUCAGCUGCGAUAAAAUUCAAUGGUGGUGGGCACUUGAACCACAGCAUCUACUGGACCAACCUGUCCCCCAAUGGAGGUGGGGAACCCAAAGGUGACUUGCUGGAGGCAAUCAAGAAGGACUUUGGAAGCUUCGAGUCCCUCAAGACCAUAAUGUCUGCCCGCGCAGUCGGAGUGCAGGGCUCCGGCUGGGCUUGGCUUGGCUACAACCCCAAGACGCAGAGGUUACAAGUGGCCAACACUUUUAACCAGGACUCCGUUACUGACACAGAAGGGCUGGUACCCUUGUUCACCAUUGACGUCUGGGAGCAUGCGUACUACCUGCAGUACAAGAAUGUGCGACCGGACUACGUCAAGGCCAUCUGGGACAUUGCCAACUGGGAGAAUGUUGCCGAAAGGCUGCACAAGGCACGCAGCCAGUGAA